AUUAAAUAUCCCUCUCUGUCUCUCUCUCUUCCAUUCUCCAACUCCAUCAUCCCCAUUGCCCACAAAGCCAAAAAAAAAAAACACUCCAUCAUCCCCAACCGCCAACCAGAUGUGAUCGAGCUCCUUCGUGUCAAACCCCCCCCCCCUCUGUCUCUCUCUCUCCUCCACAACCAACUGAUCUGCUGUCCCCCAAACGCUCUCUUGCCCCUCUCCGUGUGUCCGUGGUUUUUGUGUGUGCGCGCGCGUCUGCAAUCGCAUCUUUAGGGUUCAGUUGUCUUCGUCUUCGCGCUUUGUUGGAUCUACCGCCCGUUUUCUGGCGUUUCAAUAAUUGAUCAACUCAAUUAUCCUUGUUCGGACGGUGGUGAAUGUGGUUAUCUACUGCGAUCUAGGGUUUCUGUUGUUGAUCCUGUUUGAAUUUCGCAUACAAAUUUCGAUUCCUUUUUGGUCUGAUUUAGCCUGAGUCGAACGAUCAUUCUUCUUGCAUUAGGGUUUUGGGUUUCAUUCCAUUAAGCUAAUCGUUAUUGAGUUUGAUUUUCUGUGUAUGCGCGUGUCGACUGAUUUGUUUGAUAUAGGGUUAGUCUUGGGGUUCUUCUACUGUUGAUUAUGGUGGAAUCAGAGAGUUUGUGCGAUUCUCCAUUUCGUCAGCAACCGCCGGCGCUGAAGCCAAAGCAAUACGGAGUCACCAAGCCGAUAUCUCUUGCGGGGCCUACGGAGGCUGAUAUUCAAAGAAGCAGGAAGUUGGAGAAGUGUUUGUCAGACGCUGGGCUAUAUGAAAGCCCGGAUGAAGUUUCCAAGAGGGAAGAUGUCUUUGGUCGUAUUAAGCAGAUUGUGAAAGAUUGGGUGAAGGAGCUUACUCGCUUGAGAGGGUACACAGACCAAAUGGUGGAGGAUGCCAAUGCUGUUUUGUUUACUUUUGGUUCUUAUCGACUUGGAGUACAUGGUCCUGGAGCUGACAUAGACACCUUAUGUGUUGGGCCAUCAUAUGUGAAUCGGGAGGAAGACUUUUUCUUCAUACUGCAUGAUAUAUUGGCAAAGAUGGAUGAAAUUACUGAACUUCAACCUGUUCCAGAUGCUCAUGUCCCAGUUAUGAAAUUCAAGUUUGAUGGAAUUUCAAUAGAUCUCCUUUAUGCAAGUAUUUCUCUUUUGGUUGUCCCAGAUGACUUGGAUAUCUCCCAUGUGUCCGUAUUGUAUGAUGUUGAUGAGCCAACUGUUCGGAGUCUUAAUGGAUGCAGGGUGGCAGAUCAAAUUCUUAAGCUUGUUCCAAACUUUGAGCAUUUCCAAAUGACACUCCGAUGUUUAAAGUUUUGGGCUAAAAGGCGUGGCGUCUAUUCAAAUGUAACUGGAUUUCUUGGCGGUGUGAACUGGGCUCUCCUUGUAGCUCGCGUGUGUCAGCUUUAUCCCAAUGCAGUUCCCAGUAUGCUGGUUUCUCGAUUUUUUAGGGUUUAUACACAGUGGCGAUGGCCAAAUCCAGUGAUGCUUUGUGCAAUAGACGAGGAUGAACUAGGAUUUUCCGUAUGGGAUCCUCGUAGGAAUCCUCGGGACCGAACUCAUCAUAUGCCAAUUAUAACACCUGCCUAUCCUUGCAUGAAUUCUAGCUACAAUGUGUCAACAAGUACGCUCCGAGUUAUGAUGGAGCAGUUCCAGUUCGGAAACAAGAUCUGUGAGGAGAUUGAACUGAAUAAAGCCCAGUGGAGCGAUUUGUUUGAGCCAUAUAUGUUCUUUGAAAGCUAUAAGAACUAUCUGCAGGUUGACAUAAUUGCAGCUGAUGCUGAUGACUUGCGUGCUUGGAAAGGCUGGGUUGAAUCCCGGCUAAGGCAGCUGACACUGAUGAUAGAGCGGGAUACAUAUGGGAAGUUGCAGUGCCAUCCUUAUCCCCAUGAUUAUGUCGAUAAUUUGAAGCAUUGUUCCCAUUGUGCCUUUUUUAUGGGUUUGCAGAGGAAACAAGGAGAGAUAAUUCAAGAAGGUCAGCAGUUUGACAUACGUGGGACGGUCGAUGAGUUUAGGCAUCAGAUAAAUAUGUAUUUGUUCUGGAAACCUGGGAUGGAAAUAUAUGUUUCUCAUGUUCAUAGGAAGCAUAUCCCUUCUUAUGUGUUCCCAGAGGGUUAUAAACGUAUCCGACCACCGAGGCUCACGAGCCAGCCUCAUGCUGAAAGAGCAUCUCGUGAAGAUGGUGAGCUUUGCAGGUCUGAAUCUGGUGAAAGACGCCUAAAGAGGAAAAUAGAGCUUGAUGGAGCAGAGUUGAAGCAAGAUAGUCCAGAGAAACGGCAAUUAUCUAGCCCUCAGAGGCGGGAUUCAGUCUCCCCAGAAAUUGUUAGUCAUGGGAGUGGUGGCAGUACAUUGAGGCAGUGUUCAGCAUCAGGUUUUGUGAGAACUAACGAGAGUGGGGUAGUGAAUGGAAGAUGCCAGGUUGGUAUAGGCCGAGCCGGGGAUGUGGUUGUGAAUGUCUUGGAGAAUACGAUGACUCAACCUACUAUCAGGAAGGAGGUGCCAAAGGUUGAAUGUGAUGAGGUCAAUGUGGAGUCAGCUAAACCUGUUCAACGGAUGCUAUGCGCGGAAAAUACUGAUACUGGAUGCGUCUCAACUUCCAGUGUUCUCACAAACCUUACAGGUGAAGUCAGUUCCUUCGAGGAUUUUGGACUUGAGUCGCUGACAGGUAACACAGAGGGGAACCCAGGCAGCUCUGUAGGCAGUAACAACCAGGGAUCUUCACAGGGCGAUUCAUGUGAGGCUGAUUCUGAGCUGCUACCAGAUAAUGGACAUGACAAGGACGGCAAAGACUUCAAAGAUGGAUUGCAGGAAGAGUUAGAGGUUUCAGAUUUGAGUUCUUUCUUCCCCCUAAUUUGCUUCGUUUAUGCUUUCCAGUUUACUUUUUGUUCCACUUUACUUACUCUCCUUGUUUACUUUCUGCUUUGCUUGAAUUGGGAUUUUUGGUGUCAUGUAUACGAAAUAGUCAUUGUCAGCAACAGAAAAGGACCUUUAGUCUAAAAUUUAGAAGUCAUUAAAUUGUGUAGUACUAUUUUGAUGGCUUUUGUUGCACGUAGGCAAAUGCUGCACUUGGAAUGGCGCUGAAGUCUAGGGUUGGAAUUGACACAGACCCUGUGCAGAAGACAGUGAUAAGGUUGAGUCUUACAUCGAUGGCGUGAAAGAUCAGAAGUUGAAGCCUUGAAAGUUGUCAUGUUGGACCAGAGAGAGAGACAGAAAGCCAGCAGUUCCGGUAAGUACUUUGUUAAUUGCUGGCUUUCAUUUCUUUCUUAUUCUCCAGGAAUGUUCUUUAGUUCAUGUUGCGGCUGGGAAAUGAAGGGGUGGGCAUUGGGAGAGCUCUGUGGGGUUUUAUCUUUCUGUGUUUAUAUAUUUUUUUUAAAUAUGGUGUCAUGCGGGGAUGCGGCAGUAGUUUCCUUCUUCCAAUCUUCUAGACUAGGCAGUCAGUAUCAUUGGGUUGGUGGUCUCUUUUCUUGGAGGUUGUGGGAUUUUUUUUUUUUUUUUUUAAUGAUUUGGGUGGGGGUAUUAAUUAAUUAUACAUCAGUAGGGUUGAAUACUUGGAUCUGAAUCCAUGGUUGAGUGUGGAGUGGUUGUGUUGACUCAGGCUUGUGCCUCAACAUCUUUGUACCAUAAAUUAACUUACUCUUGACUUCUUGAAUCAUUGAAAUU